AAAGCAAUUGAUGAUAAUAAAACUAUCGUAUAUCAAAGUGAAGAUUUCUCAGGGUUAUUAGCUACUCCAUUACUUUAUUUUGUAGGUGAAAAUACCAAAGCAGGAUUUAUAACUUUAAAUGAAGCUUUAAAGGAACAACUUGAAAAAUCUCCAUGAAAAAUAAAUAACUUUAAUAAACUAAAUAUAUACGUCAUAAUAAUAAAAUACUAUUAGUAAGCCGUAAACUACCACUUCCAUCUUCAAAAUUACUCUCUUUUAGAAUACUUCCACAUCUUCCAGAUCUUCCAUAUAUCGCGGCUUAGAUCUGUUAAUAACCAUUGUCUAUUUUGCAUAUACAUAAUGACUAUUGUAACUAAGUAAGCUAAGCUGACAUGUGUGCUUGUCAAUUACGGUUUGGCACUCUGUAAAUAGAUAUAUAAAGACAUCCAUUAAUCAGAUGAAUUGAAUAAGUUAUUAAUAUAAAGGGUAUUCAUUCAAUAUGUCAUCUAUUAACACAUCAAUUGAAAUUAACAAACCAAUUCAAGAAGUGUCUGACUACUUUUAUGAUUUUACUAAUCAUGAAAAUUGGGAUCCAUUUAUGAAACACAUUAAAAACAUUACCGCUGAACAAGAUUCAAGAACUACAAAUCAACCAGGUGAUAUCUUAGAUGUAAUUGUUAUUCCAAAAGAAGGUGAAACAUAUCAAUUUAAUGCUACUAUAAUUGAAUCUACAUCAACUUUACUUUCUUGGAAGGGAUAUCUUUUAUCAGAAUAUAUCUUUUCAGGAAUUCAUAAAUUUGAAUUUAAGUCGAUUGAUAAUAAUAAAACUAUCUUGAAUCAAAGUGAAGAUUUUUCAGGUUUAUUGGUUUCUGUUGUGCUUUAUUUUAUGGGAGAGAAUACUAAAGCAGGUUUUACAAAAUUAAAUGAAGCUUUAAAGAAACAACUUGAAUCAUCUCCAUAAAAUAAAUAGUUUAUAUUAAUAACAUAUA